AUGGAUCCUAAUGGUCCUUCAGAGACUGCGGAGGACACCACGGUAGCGGGCACCAGCGCCGCUGCGGAUGCGCGACAGCUGCAGCAGAUUGAGCCGCAGCCCGAUCGCGAUGCCGCUGCACUGGCAGCACUCUCGACGACGAUGGGUCCCGACCACCCAUUGCUGCAGCGUGCCCAGCGCGCGCUCAAGCAGCAGCUGGAAACAAAGCGCACGCAGCUGGAUGGGGAGCUCAAGGAGAAGCGCAACGCGCUCAAGCGGACGCAGCAGCAGCGCGAGGCGGUCGGCGUGGAGCUGUACGGCUACCAGCAGACGCUUGCCCGGCUGCAGCUGGCGCUGGAAAAGGCGCAGGACAGCUACACGGAGAUCAACACCACACGGCAGGAGGUGGAGGCUGAGCUGGCGGCGAAACGGGAGGAGCUGCAGGGGGGUGAGGCGGCCGCCAAGCAGGAGCGCGAGCAGGCGGAGCGCCACCAGCGAGAGCUGGACCGCCUGGGCGCAACCCUCAAGCAGGUGGAGGCCUACAACGAGCAGGUCAAGGGUGACAUCGCCGUCACAAAGCGCGCGGCGUACGCGGCAGAGGAGGCGGUGCAGCGGCUGGAGAAGGAGAAGCAGCGGCAGGAUUUCCUGAUCGAGGGCCUGCAGGGCACGCUGCGGUCGCUGCACCAGCAGCUGACGCUGCACGACACACAGCUGGAGGCGCAAAAGCGCGAGACGCGAGCUGCGCGCGAGACGCUUGCAGAGGCCGAGUCGGAUAUGGAGGGGGUCCACUUUGAGAAGAAGCAGCUGCUUGCGCAGUGGAAGAGCAGCCUCACAGCCAUCCAGAGGCGCGACGAGGCGCUCGCGGCGAUCCAGGAGGCGAUGCGCCAGCAGCAAGAGCAGGAGCUCGCCAUAGCCACUGAGAUGGCUGGGUUCAAAAAGGACAUCGCGAAGCAGCAGAUUGCAAACGAGCAGCUGAGCUCGGUGGCACGGAAGGUGGAGGGUGAGGCUGACAUGGUGUCGCGGCAGGUCUCUGGCUUUGUUGAGCGCCAAGAGCGGCUGAGCGAAGAAAUAGACAAGCUGGCCAGGAGCCUGGAGGAGACGGAGGAGCGGCUGAGGCGCUCAGGGCUGGAGGGCAAGGCGCUGGCGCAGGAGGCAGGGUCUGUCGACCGCGCCGUGCAGCGCGCGCACCUGGACGCGCGCGCCCUGGAGGAGGAGGGCCUGAGGGCGCUCAGCGAGGCGACCACCGCCGAGAAGAGCAGCGCCAAGACGGCCGCCGACAUCAAGGCGCUGCGAGAGGGGUGCGACAAGGAGGAGCUGCGGAUAGCUGACGUCCAGAACGAGCUGGCCAAGCUGCAGGUGGACAUGCUGAACACGGAGGCGCACAACGGCCGCCUGGGUGAGGCGCUGCAGCUGCUGGAGUCAGAGCUGAAGGACAAGGAGGCCGCUGUGGCGAAGUUUGAGCAGGAGAUGAAGCGGCGCGCGGACGAGAUCGAGCGCAAGACGCGCGAGAUCGACACUCUGAACCGCAAGUACGAGAGGAUGGUGGCCGCGCAGCCCGAGGCGGUCAACACGGGCCCGCUGGAGGCCACCAUCACGUCUUUGACCCGGGAGAUUGACGCCAAGGGGGGCGAGGGGCGCGAACUGCAGCGGCGGUGGAUUGCCAAGCAGACGGAGCUGGUCACGCUGCAGGGCGAAAACGCGCGUCUGGAGGAGCUGCUGCUGCGUCGCAAGGCCGAGGUGACGGUGCUGACUCAGCGGCGCGUGCGGCUGGAGCAGCAGUUGGAGCACCACGACAGGGAGGCGCGCGCGCUGCGCACCGCCGGCUACAGGCUGCAGGUUGAGCUGCAGCGCGUUGACGGCUUGAUAGCGCAGCACGCGGGGCUCAAGGCGGUGCUGCAGGAGGAGCAGCUGCAGCUGCAGGCGAGUGGUCGCGUGAUGCGGGAGCUGCAGGAAAUGGAGGAGGAGGCGGCCAGGCUGGGCACUGGCAUUGACGAGGGCACUGCAAACAAGCGGCAGCUGGUGGCAGAUCUGGUGGAGGUGGAGCGUCAGAUCAUGCUGUGGGAGCGCAAGAUCCAGCUGGAGAAGGAGAUGCAGGAGGUGCUCGACCCCAGUGUGGGCGAGGGCGUCGUGCAGGCGGUGCAGAAGGAGGUGCACCGCAUGCAGAUGCGCCACGCGGAGCUGCUGCGGCUGCAGGAGCGCCUCAUGCAGGCGCGCGCAGGGCCGCAUCGGGCUGAUUGGGCCGUGGCGCUUCUCUGCAUGCUUGGCAGGGAGCUGGAGCGGGCGCUGUCAAAGCACGAGAUAAUCGGCGUCAAGAAGGCGGCGCAGAAGUCCACCCGUGGCAAGGGCGCGGGCGCUGCCGAGUCGCAGGCCAAGCGGUCAAUCGGCGACCUGCAGCGCAUGCUGCGGGAUGCUGAGCGCGACGCGGCGGCGGCCGAGGAGCGCGUGCGGGCGCUCGAGGAGCAGCACGCUGUGCUCGCUGGGGAGCAGGAGGCCGCCGGCGGCAGCUGUGGGGAGCUGCAGGGGCGGCAGGAGGACCUGCGGCGGCGCGUGGCAGCGGCGGCAGCGGAGAGGCACCGCGCCCUCCUCAUCACCGCUUCGCAGCAGCGGCUGGCCCGGCGCUACGAGGACGCGCGCGCGGGGCGCCUCAAGCCCAGCCCCGCCGCCAGCGGCGGCGGCGCGGACGCCGAGACGCAGCUGGCUACUGACCUGGCAAGAACGGAGGAGCGGCGCGCGCGGCUUGCGGCAGCGCUGGCGGAUGCGGCGGCGCAGGCGCCCCAUCUGGCAGAGGAGGUUGACCGCGUGCUGGCUCACCAGGCAGCGGCCGAGGCAGCUGUGCAGGCAUGCGCCGGGGCCGGCGGCGCCGGGCGGCCGAGCGAGUAA